GCCCAUGUAAAGACAAUGAAGAUCUGGGGACAUAAUCCCGAAUAGAAGGGGUAUUUAUUUUCAUUUCUUUUUCAUCAUGGAAAUAGGGAGUAUCCGUAUGAAUAAACAAAAAGAUACAUAAAUAGACAAUAAAUACCCAAAACAAAUUAGCUGAAUUUUGUUGUUGGGAUUAACCAUCCAGCUCUGUCCAAAGAGGGUUUAUAAACUUUUUCUUUUCUUCCACUGUGCGUUGUGUAACCAGAAGGGAGAUGUUUUCUAACCGGGAUGAGCGCAAUGCGGAGACUAGUUUUUACGGAAAGGCUUUCAUCGCACCGUGUGCGUAAUGCCUUCAGCACAAAUAAGGAUGAAGGUGUUAAAGGUGCUGGACAGAGGAGGACAGCGCGUGCUGGUGGCGUUUGGAUGGCUUCUUUUAUGGGCGACGCGCAGUGGAGCAGCUUCUAGAUGUGUAGACCAACCCUGCAGUCCACCCCUUGGGAAUCUGGCCAGUGGCAGAGAACUUCUUACCCUGUCAAGCUGCUGUGUUAACAACAAUUCCCACCAACGUUUGUGCUCCUAUCCACCCCAUUUAUGCCCAGAUAACACUCAUCCUCCUUCCUUCAUGACCGACGACCCAUUUUUGCACCCUGAUACCUGGUGAGCAUCAGGAGGAGAUGACGUAAAGCAGGAUGAGAUCCGGCUGAAUCUAGAGACAACUUUCUACCUCUCUCAUAUAGUUUUGGUGUUCAGGUCUCCCAGGCCUGCUUCCAUGGUCAUUGAGCGUUCAGCUGAUUUUGGGAAGACAUGGGAGGCUCUCAGGAUAUAUGCUCACAACUGCAGGGUGGAAUUCGAUCUGGACGAUGACCUUAAUCAGCCGGGCUCACUUUGCACGUCCCGUUACUCUAAUCCUCGACCUUGCACUGGAGGGGAGGUAAUCUUACGUACUCUGGAUCCAAGCAGUGCAAGAACAUUUGACCCAUAUAGUCCAGAGGCCCUUGUCCGCCUGACCGUCACAAAUCUCCGCAUCAGACUUUUGAAAGCUCAGACUUGUCCCGUGUCUAUAAACUAUUCAGCAGAACGGACAAACCCCACAGACUCAUUAAAAAGCACACCCUCAGUACCAUAUGCUAUUUAUACCUUACAGGCCAGGGGGACAUGCUUGUGCCAUGGACAUGCUGAAUAUUGCAUACCAUAUAAAGGCAAUGAGGACAAAAGACAAAAAAGUGACAUGGUAUUUCCAAAGUGUCAAUGUGUUCACCACACUGAAGGGGAUCACUGUGAGAGGUGUGCCCCACUCUAUAACGACCGGCCUUGGAGGCCUGCCAACGGCAGCAGUGGUGAACCGAACCCGUGUUCCAAGUGCGAAUGCCAUGGCCAUGCAGAUAGCUGUCACCUCUCUCUGCGAACUUGGAUCUCCUCGGGUGGAACCAGCGGGGGUGUCUGUGAUAACUGUAAACAUAACACUGAGGGCCGCAGGUGUCAGCGCUGCCGUCAUGGCUACCAUCGCCGCAUGUUAGUACCCCUCAGGUCUCCCCACGCCUGUACACGCUGCUGGUGUGAUCCUCGUGGAGCGUUGCCUCCUCUACCUGGGGAGGUUGGACCCUGGUGCCACCCUAAAAGCGGCCAGUGCCACUGUAAGCCUGGUGUAGGGGGUGUGAGCUGCAGUCACUGCCUGUCUGGCUUCUGGGGGUUUGGAGAAGAUGGCUGCAAACCGUGUGUCUGUUCACACAGCUGUGACCAGACUACCGGGCACUGUCUGAAAAGCUUUCCAAAUAAUUAUGUACUGAAUGUGCCCAUUGGUGGAAAAAUCCCAGAUGUGGAUCAAAUGUUCACGGCUGAGGAAGAAGUGUCAUGGUCGAAGGAGCUUGAAGUGUCUGCUUCACACAACACAGGAAAAUGCAGGUGUAAGGAGAAAAGCCUGAGAGGUUUCACUGACCUUUGCAGGACCAAACAUGACUACGUGAUCAAGGCGAGUGUGCUGUCGGCUCAUGACAAAGGCAGCCAUGCAGAGGUGAGGGUUAAAGUUCGUAAGGUGUUUAGAUCUGGUCAGGUCAGGCUGCACCUGGGGAUCAUCAGUGUGUACCCUCUGUCCUGGACCAGCCGUGGCUGCACCUGCCCCAUCCUAAACCCAGGUGUGGAAUACUUGCUUGCUGGCUCAGAGGAGCCUGGAACGGGUCGGUUGUUGGUCACCCUGCAGAGUGUCGUGGUUCCAUGGACGCCUCGGCUAUCUCUGCUUUUCUCAGUGGGCUUGAUGAAUGGAUGCCUAUGAUUCCAACAGGCAGAGCUGAAUUUAGAGGGACUAACCUGAUAUAGAACAGACCUUUUCCCAAAAAGAGAACUUUUAGAAGUGGCUGUUGUGAUGUUAAAAAAAGACCAAAAAGGCGAACUCAUGGCCAGGUGAGUUCACAAAACUGAAGGAAUUACAGUGCCUUCAGAGGAUUCUUGAAAAUCAUUUUAAAGUUGUUCAGUGUUACAAGCUUAAACCUCAUUUUAGGUGUUAGACCAAUAAAGAGCAAUUUAUUAUUUUAUUGAUCUUUAACGUGCCUACUCUAAAAGAUGCCAUUGGCUGAAGCGAAUAAGAGCAGAAAUUAGGCCAAAACCAAACAAAAUAAACAAAAUUUUUACAUUUAAAAUUACAUCUUUUUCAGCAACUGUGGUCCUUCUAGAACUCCUCACUUCUUGCUAUCUGAUUAUAAAUAGAUAAAAAAAAAAAUUGAACAGAUUAGCUGAUUUUCUUUUCUCUUUUUGCUAAAAUAAAGGGAAAUAAUAAACACAGAAUUUACUUAAACCAUGAGUUUAUUUUCUAUUCCUGAAUUUCGUUUUUAGCUCCCUGAUCUAAAUGUCAAGUCCUGGCCUAUCAUUGUUUUUUUUAAUUCUUCUGUUGUGGACUAAUACACACAUAUUAGACAAUGCGUAAUGAACUUUUCCUUGAAGCAAUUGGUGGAAAACAAAUAAAAGUUGUCCAGUUCAACAAAGAUAAGUAUUACUCACAGACACUAUGAAGGUCAUUUCAACAACCAACUAAUGACUUUUUGUCUUGACAGCAAAAACUUUAAGGAAGCUACACAAUCCUUGCCUGCAGCACUUUGCAGGGAUAGACGUUUCUGCUGGACAAUGAGCACAGAAACAUCAGAACAUCUACAUCACAAGACGGUUUACAGCAGCCUUGAUCUUCUCCUUGUUUUUGGUUUCAAGUGGCAAAAAACACUGUUGAUGCUACGCAUCAAAGCAUGUGUAGUUAAAAAAAUAAAAUAAAAUAUCAAGCCAUUUUAGCUUUAACUGAUAUUGGUUUGGUUAGUGUGCUCGUGAUGGGCUCCAAUAACCAAAAUGACAGCAAGAUAACCUACUGCUGCAGGUCCAGUCUGAUGACUCAAAUCCCUGCUUCAAAUGUGUCGGUAGUUAAUCAGCUUUUACUGCUCAAAAGAAAAUCAGUCACAAUGUUCUUCUUUUUUUUUCUCAAUAAGAGUCCCUCUGUGAUGGUGUGGUGGCUUUAGUUAGCCGUCUGCUUAACCGUAGAUGACAUUUUGUCACCAGAAACUUCAGAUGUCUCUGUUGUGGGGUCAUUCUCAGGCAAGAGAGCAGAGUUGUCAUCAGCCGCAGAGCCCGAAUCAGCUUGGGAAGAGUUUUCUUUAUCUUCGUCCUGGGGGUAGAGGUCGGGGUAUCUCUGCAUGCACUCCUGCAUGCCUCGAAACUGUUCAAUGCACUCGGAGCCUUUCACCUCUUCUUUGCUGUAGUGAAAGCAUGAAAACGCUUCCUUGAACUGAGAGCCACAGGGUCCACUGGCCAUGCCGCCCAGGCAGGGGCAGUUCCAGUUGAUCUCUCCGCUGGGUAAAAUAAGGCCUUCUGAAAAAAACAAAAACAUUUAGAACACGGGUCAGUUAAGGUGUAACAUUAAAAUAUUUAAAUCAAUCCUACAGAAAAAAAAAACUGUCUAAACUUUUAGGUGUUAAAAAAAAACAAUACCUCACUAAUUAACCCUAAAAGACUUUGGCUGUUCUGGUUCAAAUAUAUCCAACAUUUAUUUUCUAUGUAAAAAUCACGGCUAAAGGGUGUGUUUAUUAAAAAAGGGGGAUUCUAAGAUUUGAGACAGGACUAUACAUCACAUUAUUAGUGUGAGGGAUUGUAUUUGAGUCAAUGAGUCAAUGCAAUCAACUGGUUUCCUUAGAUAGAAAACUUUGUAUCAAUUUAACUGUAUGAUCUGGUUGAACUGUAAAGUGCCUUGAGAUGACAUGUGUUGUGAAUUUGGCGCUAUAUAAAUAAACUGAAUUGAAUUGAAAACUACAAGAUUCUAUUCAGUUAUCAGAAAUCUUUCAUUUAAAUAGAAAAAAGUUAAUACAAUCAAUAGAUUUCCUAUAUAAAUUUGGAUCAUUAAUUAAGAUAAGUUCAUGAUGAUU